AUGCAACAGCUGAACAUCCCGGAGAGAAUCACAAAUUUCGUGUCAAACCUGCUUUCGCAGAGGCGCAUAUUAGUUCGCUCUGAAGGCAAGCUCACAUCACCUAGACCUGUCUGGAAGGGAUUACCUCAAGGCUCAGUUCUGAGCCCCUUGUUAUACAGCCUUUAUACAUAUGAACUUGAUAGAUCUGUAAACUACUUAGCUAAUGUCCUACAGUAUGCUGAUGACUUAGUCUUAUAUGCAUCCGACAUUUCCUUUGACCAAGCAAUCUCCCGUCUAUCCCAAGCAGUUAAAUCCCUCAACUUUUGGCUUAUAGAACAUGGUUUGUCCAUUUCAGCUAGUAAGAGUAACUCAGUAGUAUUUACUAGACGAAGGUUUUCCCCAGAUGUGCCUAUCCAUAUUGAUGACUCUCUUAUACCUUCUCAGACUCAAGUGAAAUUUUUAGGAGUAUUUCUAGACAGUAAAAUGACAGGUAUCCCACAUUUAUCCUAUGUAGCUGCUAAAUGUGAAAAAAAUUUAAAUGUCAUCCGAUCUCUAUCAGGCUCCUGGUGGGGCUCCCAUCCUUAUUCCCAAAAGCUUUUAUAUAAUGCAUUAAUAAGAAGCCAUUUCGAUUAUGGUUGUUUUUUACUGGAGCCAUGUAGUAAAAUGGCACUUAACAUACUGGACAAAAUCCAGUCAAAAUGUCUCAGAAUCAUAACAGGAGCAAUGAAAUCUACUCCUUCCUCGCUCUCCAAGUGGAAUGUGUCGAGCCUCCUCUUUUUCUCCGAAGACAGUAUUUAUCAGACAGAUUUUUAUUUAAAGCUGCCUGUUAUUCGCACCAUCCUCUCCUAUCCAAACUACACUCCCUUAACCAGUUAG